AUGACUGAUAUAAAAGUCUUCACCACUAUCAAGUCUCCAGAGUUUCAGCAAAUAUUCCGAGACAUCCCUAGAAUUGAGGCUCCUUUCACUUAUUGGUUGUCUAAAGAAUUUAGAGGUAUUCAUAACGGUGAAAAUCUGGCAAUUAUAGUAGAAAAGUUACUUAUCGAGUUAAGUCUUAAGGAUAAGCUUAUUUCUAUUACGGGUGAUAAUACUAGUAACAAUAAAGCUAUAGCCUUAAAGGUAGAAGAUAUAAUACUAGCACUACUCUAUCAAGGGCUUAAUAGCUAUCUCUGCUAUCUGGCUUAUAUCCUUAACCUAAUCAUAAUAGAUAUUCCCUGUACCCUAGGUCUUGCGGCCCUGAUUUACUAUGGGCUAUAUAAAUUACUUAAUAAUAUAAGGAAGGGCAAUACUGCAGUGAAAGAAAGGAUAAAGAAAUACGAAAAGUACUAUUCUAUUAUAGACGACUACGACACCUACUACAAUGCCCUCGUCCUGGAUCCCUGGGUCAAAGGUAAAACGAUUUUACGGGAACUUCAAGAUAACAAUACAGGGGCAAUGAUUCUGGAAACGAUCCGCACCAACCUCCAUCAGGUAUACGCGGGUAGCAACCCAGAUCCUUAUACCGCUGCAUCCGACGUAGAAUCUAGAAUACUGAAGAAGUUGCAGGCACGAGAUCCACCACUCUUAGAUAUUGAUAAGUACUUCGACACCCCUUCAGCGUCGCAGACACUGCCAGCCAAACUAGCUCUGUAA